AUGCUGAGGCUGGCAUUAUUCUUUAUUUUGGCUAAUAUUAUCCAACAGUCGACAGGAUCCUUGGCGAAUCGGAACACUCCAAACCAGUGUGACCAGUUGGGCCUAACUACUCUGCAACUCAUUACUGCCAUCAUUCCCGAACUGAAUUCCAAAUUGCAAAGGAUUCAUGAUGACCAGCUGGCCCUGAAAACCAAUCAAAUUGCGAUGCAGUCCAGUUUGGAGGCCCAGCGGACAAGAAAGCUCGCCAGGACUGAGGACUUGGAGGAGUUGCGCACCCAGCUGGAUGCCCAAUUUUUGGCGAUUCAGAGAAAGCUCGAUGAACAGCAAACAACUCAUCGAGAAUCGUCGAGCAACACCAUCACUAGAGAAGAUUUCGAGGCGAGAUUCAACGAAACGGAGGAUCACUUUCACGAGAUACAGAGCACUCUGGCCAAAUUGGAUGUACCUGCAGAAAAUCCUCGCGAAACCCACUUGACAAACUAUUCAAAACCCAUUCCGCCAAAGUUCCAAAAAAUUGGGGAUCGGUAUUUCUAUAUUGAAAAUAACAUUACGGCUACUUGGUUUAAGGCUGCAGCCACUUGUCAUCAGAUGGGUGGCUAUUUAGCGGGAAUUAAAACCCAAAAGGAAUUGUUUACCAUACAAACAUAUCUUGAAGAUAACGCUGACAGCGAAGUAUAA